AGAAGAAUUUCAUCUAUAUAUUGGUCUGAACUCGCCAGCUCUCACACACUCUAACUCUAUAAAUACCUCUUGUUCUUCUUUGUUACCACCACUUUGCCUUCAUACUAAACUAAAUUCUAGUUUUGUAGAGAGAAAGGAACCACCCUUUUCUUUCAUUUGCAAUUUCUGUGUCACCAAUCAUGCAAACAAUGUGUGCUUACAGAGACGAGGAUCCCCGUCUUCAUGACCUCAAAACUAAGAUUCGUGUUGUCCCAAAUUUUCCUAAACCUGGUAUUAUGUUCCAAGACAUUACUACUCUGUUGCUCGAUCCCAAAGCCUUCAAGAACACGAUAGAUAUGUUCGUUGAGCGAUACAAAGGCAAAAAUAUUUCUGUUGUCGCAGGAAUUGAAGCUCGGGGUUUCAUUUUUGGUUCUCCCAUUGCACUGGCAAUAGGAGCAAAGUUUGUACCAAUGAGGAAACCGAAAAAAUUGCCUGGCAAAGUUAUUUCUCAAGAGUAUAUUCUGGAAUAUGGAAGAGACUGUCUUGAGCUGCAUGUUGGAGCAGUUGAACAUGGUGAGCGUGCUUUAGUGGUUGAUGAUUUGAUUGCGACUGGUGGAACACUCUGCGCUGCUAUGGAUUUACUUGAGCGAGUGGGAGCAGAGGUAGUGGAGUGUGCAUGCGUAAUUGAAUUGCCAGAAUUAAAGGGCCGUGAACGGUUGAACGGGAAACCCUUGUAUGUGUUAGUGGAAUGUUUUGAGUGCUGUCAGUAGAUGAAGAUGCAUCACCACCAAGUGGGUACUUUCCUAUAUGGAAUCCCAUUUUAUUAAGCUCCCUCCUUUAAAACCACUAUUGAGACUCAAUGCUUUGCCCCAAGAUUUUGAUGAGGAAAGAAUGCUUUUGAGGCAAAUGCUUGUAGUUGGAAAUUACUAGGAACAAUCACAUAAAAACUAAUGACUCUGUAUGACUCUUUCGGUGUAUCCUCUCUUUGCUUACCCAUCCUUCUAUUUCAAAUAAUAUAAAACAAUUACUUUGACAACAGUAGAUUUCCAAGAAUGAAAAUGAAAGUUUGGAAUUUGUAUCGUUGAA